GUAAUCUAUACUACCUAUGUAUCAAGUCGUCCCUCUGGACAGAGUGUAGGAACAUAAAGAACUCAAAUUGAUGGGGUGUUGUUGCACCAAACAGCGAUUUCAUCAUGAAGAUCCAUCAAUUCUUGCGUCCCAAACCUAUUUUAAUAUUUCUGAAAUUGAAGCAUUGUAUGAUCUGUUCAAGAAAUUAAGCAGCUCCAUCGUCGACGACGGGCUUAUCAGCAAAGAAGAGUUUCAGCUAGGCUUAUUUGGAAGCAGCGACAAACAGAGCCUCUUUGCUGACAGGCUCUUUGAUUUAUUUGACUCAAAAAAUGAUGGGGUAAUAGAAUUUGGAGAGUUCGUUCGAGCUCUGAGCGUCUUCCACCCAGCAACCCCACAAGCACAAAAAGCAGAUUUUGCAUUUCGACUCUAUGAUAUAUGUCAAAGAGGCUUUAUUGAACGAGGCCAGGUAAGAGAGAUGAUCCUGGCACUACUAAGUGAGUCAGAUUUGGUUCUGUCUCAAGACAUAAUUGAGGUCAUAAUUGAUAAGGUAUCAAUACUUCUCUUUUUCCUCUUACUAAUUUUUCAUUCUUGUUUACAUGUCAUGUAG